AUGAACCUGUGGCGAUCUUUUUACUCUCUACUUCUAAUUGCAGUGGCAGCUACUGGCUCGAUCAGAGCUGAUAUGGAGCUCGCAGUGGGGGGAAUGUUUCCAGCCAGCAACACCAUUCCUGUGACAGUUUACAUUCCCCCGGAGGCGUACGAUAUUUACAAACAGCAGGGCAUAGAAAUCGUGUCAAAAGUAAACUUGGUUUUCAAAAUGGUAGAGCUGGGGAUAAACAAGGCAAUGAAAGAAAUAAAAAGCGAGAGAGUAUUUAGCAUUGUGCCGAGGAUCAGGAAGCCUUCUCUAGACCCAAGGCACAGAGUAUGUCCAAGCACCCUUAGCCAAAUGGCUAUAUUUCUCUCUCGAGUGUACGAUGAGUCUGGGGGCAAUAACUCUUUCAUUUUUAUUACGCCCUGUCCUCUGCUGGAGCUUCGCAAGAAAGUCAGAAGAUUAAGGCAGCCAGACUUUUACAUAUCGCAGCGCAUAAACGGAACACACAAGACGAUGAACCUGGUGUCAAUUGAGAUAGAGCCAGCAACCAUGAUAUCCACUUUAUCCAGAGCCAUAUUAAAGGCAUGCGAUUUAACGGACAUAGAGCCUCUUUCAGUGAUAUCAGCCAUGGACGUAUCAAACGGUCUGUCUUUUGGGGUCAGCAUAAGGAAAGAAACAGCACAGGAGAUGAUUCUUAAAGAGUACUCUUGA